AUGAGUAGUCAACUGCCUCCAGCGUCCAGGCACAAUAGUUUGGUACAUAAACCAAACAUUUCAACUUUGAAGAAAUCUAUCAAUCAAACUGAGAAUGCCACCACCACCAAUGUUACUAGCCAUAGCAAGCCCUCUUCUCCAACUCACUCGUCUGUUGCUGGGGAGAAAACAGUGAAGAAACUGAGGUUAUCGAAGGCACUGACAAUUCCGGAGGGAACCACAAUAGUUCGCCUCUAUCGGCGGAUGGCAACGAGACGAAAUGAUGAUGUUCUACUGACUGAUGCAAAUGCCUUACUCUCUGGCAUAGUAACUGACAAGGAUAUUGCAACUAGGGUUAUAGCGGAGGAGUUGAGGCCUGAGCAGACAAUUAUUUCGAAGGUCAUGACGAGGAACCCCAUUUUUGUGACUGCAGAUUCAUUGGGUAUUGAAGCCCUUCAGAAGAUGGUGCAAGGUAAAUUUAUUUCAGAAGAAUUAUUGACAAGAUAUUGUCAAUUCCGCCAUCUUUCUGUUGUGGAAAAUGGUGAAAUUAUAGCAUUGCUGGAUAUCACAAAAUGCCUUUUUGAUGCAAUAUCAAGGAUGGAAAAGGCUAUAGAACAGGGAAGUGCAAUUGCUGCAACUGUUGAAGAAGUUGAACGACAGUGGGGGAACAACUUCUCGGCUCCAUCUGCAUUUAUAGAAGCCCUGCGGGAGCGGAUGUUCAAGCCCUCUUUGUCAGCCAUUGUUUCUGAAAAUACCAAGGUGGCAAUAGUAUGCCCCUCAGAUCCUGUGUACGUUGCUACUAAGAAGAUGCGAGAAUUACGGGUCAACUUAGCUUUAAUCACUGUUGGAAACAAAAUUCAGGGGAUAUUAACCUCAAAAGAUAUUCUUAUGCGCGUUAUAGCACAAAAUCUAUCCCCUGAGCUGACACUGGUGGAAAAGGUAAUGACCUCAAACCCUGAAUGCGCAACAUUAGAGACUAUGAUACUUGAAGCACUGUAUAUAAUAAUGCAUGAUGGGAAGUUUCUGCACCUUCCGGUUCUAGAUGGAGAUGCAUAUGUUGUCUCCUACAUAGACGUAUUGCAGAUAACUCAUGCAGCUAUAUCUAUGGUGGAAAACAGUUCGGGUGCUAUCAAUGAAGUGGCUAAUACUGUGAUGCAGAAGUUUUGGGAUUUGGCACUGAAGCUGGAGCCACCAGAUGAUUAUGAUACGUUCAGUGAGAUCUCUUUGUCUCAAUUGAUGAUGUUAGAAGGGACGUAAGCUGGAAAACCUGGAUAUCCAUCGUUGGGUCUUGGAAAUACAUUUUCUUUCAAAUUUGAUGACCUUAAAGGUCGUAUCCACAGAUUUAAUUUUGGGAGUUCUAGUUUACUGGAGCUUGUUACUGCGGUUAUGCAAAGGUUAGGUGCAAUAGAUGAACAAAAUCGUCCUCAACUUUUGUACGAUGAUGAUGAAAGCGAUAAAGUUCUGCUGACAACUGAUGGUGAUCUUGUUGGUGCAGUUAACCACACCAAAUCACUGGGACUAAAGGUCUUAAGAUUGCAUCUAGACUACUCUGAUGUAAACCAAGAAAAAUCAGUGCAACAAACGAGUACUGACUCUGUAGAGAAAGAUGGAUGGGGUUCACUGCACAUAGGAAUUUUUGCAGACGCUGUUGUACUAACAAGUGUUGGUGUAUUGGCCUACUUGAAGUGCACCAAUACAUGGUAAGCCAACUUAUAAGGAUUCUAUUCCGCUAAAAA